ACUGCGCUCGGCGUGUAGGGGCGUCGUUGCUGCUGCGUGCAAUGUGUAUCGCGUAGGCGUUGGCGAGGAGGCGAGAGACGAGAGACCGCCACCGUUCUCGGGGGAUAUGUGUCCGUGAGAGAGAAAAAAGAGGCAGCGGGCGGUGUGCGUGCCCGGUGUGCCCGUGCCGCGUCCGCGCGACGCUCGCUCGCUCGCUCGCGCACGUGUGUGUCCUAUUGCGAGAAUCGCGUGUUUGUCCCUUUCGAGACGGCUGCCCCGUGAGAGAGAGAGAAACGGCUCUAGCGCUCGCUUCUUCUCUCUCUUUCUCUCUCGCUCGGUCUGUCUAUCUGUCUUUCUCUCUCUCUCUCUCUCUCUCUCCCUCCCUCCUACCCUCUCGCGCACAUAUUCUUGCUCUCCUUCGUCCCCCUCCCCCCAGUCUCCCACUCUUCGCUCCGUCUCUUUCUAUCUGUCCGUCUACCUCCGUCUCUCUUGCUCGCGCGACAAGAAACGCAGCCUCUAGAGCGCUGCGCCUCGUCCACGACGGAGCUACGUCUGCAGCGCGUCGUCCUGGCGCGGCUGUCUCGGUGAUUGUAUUAUUCGCGCUGCGUAGUGUGCGCACGCGACGUCGGGGAAGGUCGCCGACGGCCUCCUCCCUUCUCCUGGGUGCGUAACACGGCGUGGCCGUGCCGUACCGUGCCGCGUCGCGUCGCGUCGCCGUGGUGCCGUCGUCGGGAAGAAAGGGGAACGAACGAGCGCGUACGUACGUUCAUACAUAUAUACGGACGUACGUACAUACGUGCGUGCGGACAUACGACGAGCGAACGGGGGCGUGAACGACGCCCGUCCUCGCCGCCGCCACCGUCGUCAUCGUCGCUGCUGCAGUAGCAGCAGCAGCAGUAGUAUUGUGACCAGCAGGCGUUCCUGGCCCUCGCCGCCGUCCACCGCCGGCAACAACGUGCCGUGACACUUCCCGACGUGCCUCGCCGCGCCUCCAAGAGACUCCGUUAACCGGUUCGCUUCGCCGAAGGAUCGUGCCGUCGGAUCGCGACCAAGAGGAAGGUGCUCGCGCGAUUGACGCUCCUCCGGAAGAAGCCCAAGGUAUAUUAUCCUCCUUCCACCCGCGGAGAGUACGGAAUCACACCGCCCUACCCCGGGGUCUCCGGCGGAGAUAAGGAUGCACACAAAGAACGCGAUAAGGAAGGCUAAAAACGGAGAACGGCGCUGAGAGGAAGAGAAAGGGAGAACGAGAAAAAGAGGUCUCCUUUAUUAGUCGAGACGUGAACGUGCGCACGGAGCGAAGUUGGCCGCGGGUGAUUUCGGCGCGCACACACGCUCGCGUAUCCCCACACAUACACACAAGCCAGGCAUACACACACACAUAUACACGGGUAUUCUGUCUCGCACGAACGAGGAUGUCCCCGUGGAAAGGACAGUGAAGAGCGCGCUGGAAGGAGAGGAGGACAGAAAGAGAGAGAGGGAGAGAGAAAGAGAGAAAGAGAGCUGCGAGAGGUGACCCUCCGCGGUGCGAUCAUCGUGGGUAAGAAGAGCACGCGCUUAUUUCGCUGGACGGGAAAUGUCUGUCGUCCUGCCAAGAGUCCCGACCGGCGCGGCCGGCUAGUCGUAAGCCGGUGUGCUUUUCAUGCCUCGCCGCGGAGCAUCCCGCGGUACAUCCUGGCGCGCUGCGCUCCUCCCGGCUAACCUAACCCUAACCUAACCUAACCUCGGCAGCCUCCGAGUGCGGCCGACGUGUCUUGACCUCGACAACGGGGACAGCGAAAAGGACCUCUCUCUUUUUCGCCGGUGCACAAGAGGACCGGACUCACGUGAGACUACCGUUCACUACUGCGCUACACACAUGCGCGCAUACAUACACACACACACGUAGUGCGGCAUCCUCGAGCUCAUUGUUCGAACGAGAGAAUCGCAGUGCGCGUUCUACGUCUCUCUCUCUCUCUCUCUCUCUCUCUCUCUCUCGCGCGCAUAUCUGCUCGAGCUCCGACAGUGCGGAUCCGCCGUAGCCGCAGAUUAUUAGCGGCGGUAUCGCACGUCAGCGGAAGGACUCGGAAGGCCGGGCGCACAGCCGGCGCCUCCUCCGCGUACCUGACAUUCCGAAGGAUCGCGUGGCACGGCGCUACCUCAACGAGCGGAGCGCCGCGACGCCGCGCUUGGAGCGGCGGCAGGGUUUCUGCCUCUCUCCCUCUCCGACGGAGUUUCUUGCCGGCCUAACCGGCGAAGGGAAAGACCUCCACGUGGGAGGAAAGGACACGGCUCCGGCGGCCUCAGCGAGGGACUCUCUUUCCUUCUCUCUCGCGUCUGCGAGAUCGUCGUGGCCGUCGUCUGCUGGACAAAGGCGUGGAUGAUAUCGGCGCGCACGCGGCAGCCGAGAGCGACAACGACGGAACCCGAGACGACGAGGAUCGUCUUUCCCGCGGACGUAACGGGUGUCACGGAUUCGUGGAAUGUGACGGGAGACGUCAGCCGUGGAGUGAGUCGUAGAAAAGGGGACAUCAUCCACUGCCCGGGAGCGAGAGACACAAAUCAGCUGGUAUGUCAAAUAAUCAGCUGGUUGACUCCUGUCUGCUGGUGAACCGUCGGAUCGAGCAGAGACAGGAGCGCAACAUAACUCGCACUGAGAUCACGCAGAGACGCGUCCUACAGGAGAAAGCCCCCGACAUGCCACAAUACACCGGACAGGGCGACACGGAUUACCAUGGAAGUAACGGACAGGCGGACACCCACUCGCUGCACUCGUCUCAUCUGUCCGUUCAGGAGGAUCCGCUGCUCAUCCGGACGCACAAGCAACAAACUUCUCAGCAAGUGACGACUGUGACGAAAGUCGUGCGCGAGGUUUCCCACAUGGAGCCGGAUCCGGGCGCGGUCAGUUACAUGUCGGUGCCGUUGAUGUCGCAAGAUUACCAGCACGCGGACCCGCGCUACCCCGCGGACCCGUACAUGGUCACUUUCGACCAUUACGAUCCGUACCUGAGCUACGCGCCGCAGCCGGGAUAUCCAGGACCUCACGGUAUUUACAUGCCGCGCUCGCAUUCCCCCCACAGCCCCCACAGCCCGUCGGAACACAGUCGUGCUUCGCCGCCACACGAGUACAUGCGCAAGGGUGCGCCCUACGUGGAAGGCGGCUACAACGACAUCGAUCCCGGCUUAAAUCCCGCUUUGCAGGACCAUUAUCGCAUUACUCCGAGUCCAGGUGGUCCCGGAGAUCAGUAUGAUCGAAUCAGCAACUCGUGGAAUAUGGAUGACUCCGGCGAACCCUCUCAACAUCCUCAUGACGAGGGCAAAGUGGCCUACGGAUAUGUGUCGCCGUCGCCUUAUGGACCGGUGGGUUAUGGACCAGCCGUCGGGGUGGGCCCGGUACCCAGCGACGUGCCAGGCUACGAGGAGGGCCAUCCGGUACCGUUGCCGUCGGGGGUGCCGCCCGGCAUCUUCGAGGACGAGGUGCACCUGCAACGGUUGCAGUCUCGUCACCCGGUGGUGCCGGGCAUGGCCAGCCCGUUGGACGACGACCAGAAGUCUCUGCGUUGGCGCGACCCCAACCUGUCCGAGGUGAUCGGUUUUCUAAGCAACCCCAACAACAUAAUCAAAGCGAACGCGGCCGCGUACCUCCAGCACCUCUGCUACAUGGACGACCCGAACAAGCAGAAGACGCGUAGCCUCGGUGGCAUACCGCCGCUGGUGCAGCUGUUGGACCACGACAACCUCGAGGUGUACAGGAACGCAUGCGGCGCCCUGCGCAACCUGUCGUACGGCCGGCAGAAUGAUGAGAACAAGCGUGCCAUCAAGAACGCCGGCGGCGUGCCCGCCCUCAUCAACCUGCUGCGACGGACGUCCGACGCGGACAUAAAGGAACUGGUUACGGGGGUGUUGUGGAACCUAUCCUCGUGCGAAGAUCUCAAGAGGUCGAUCAUCGACGACGGCGUGACGAUGGUGGUGAACAACAUAAUAAUACCUCACAGCGGCUGGGACCCGAGCUCGUCCAGCGGCGAGACUUGUUGGUCCACGGUCUUCAGGAACGCAUCCGGCGUCCUGAGAAACGUGUCCAGCGCCGGCGAGUACGCGCGGAAGAACCUGCGCGAAUGCGACGGCCUGGUCGACGCGCUGCUCUACGUGGUGCGCUCAGCGAUCGAGAAGUCCAACAUCGGCAACAAAAUCGUGGAGAACUGCGUGUGCAUCUUGAGGAACUUGAGCUACCGUUGCCAAGAAGUAGAGGACCCUAACUACGACAAACACCCUAUCCAGUCCACGGUGCAGAACAGGGUCGCUGCACCCGCGAAAGCAUACAGUUUAUGUCAAGGCGAGAAUCUAGGCUGUUUCGGCGGCAGUAAGAAGAAGAAAGACGGCCAACCGGUCCAGAAGGAAACGACCACGUCACGUACGACGAGUCCGCGCACCGAGCCAGUCAGGGGAAUGGAAUUGCUUUGGCAACCGGAAGUGGUACAGUCAUACCUCAGUCUCCUGCAAACCUGCUCGAAUCCGGAAACGCUCGAGGCCGCGGCCGGGGCUCUGCAGAACCUCGCGGCCUGUUACUGGCAGCCAAGCAUCGAAAUUCGCGCGGCCGUUCGCAAGGAGAAAGGACUCCCGAUAUUGGUGGAGCUCCUGAGGAUGGAGGUGGACCGAGUGGUCUGCGCGGUCGCGACCGCGCUGAGGAACUUGGCGAUAGACCAACGCAACAAGGAGCUAAUAGGCAAAUAUGCGAUGAGGGAUCUCAUCCAAAAACUACCGUCUGGAAAUAAUCAGCACGAUCAGGGCACGAGCGACGACACGAUCGCCGCGGUGCUCGCGACUCUGAAUGAGGUCAUCAAGAAGAACGCCGAGUUCUCGCGGUCAUUGCUCGAUGCCGGCGGUGUCGACAGACUAAUGAACAUUACCAGGCAACGCCAGAAAUAUACGCCGCGUGUUCUGAAAUUUGCAGGACAAGUACUGUUCACCAUGUGGCAGCAUCAAGAACUGCGAGACGUGUAUAAGAAGCAUGGCUGGAAGGAACAGGACUUCGUCACGAAAACCGUCGCCGCCAGGAAUUCAGGGCCUAAUUCACCCAACAACGCUAACAGCUAUGAUUGCAGCACUCUCAACCGGCCGAUGGCAAGCCAGGGCAGCACAAGAUACGAAGAUCGAACGAUCCAGCGAGCGAACAUGAACUCGAAUAAUGUCGGUCGACCUACUAUAUAUCAAUCACAGCCGAAACCCGGUGAGCCGCUCUACGCGCAAGUUAACUUGGAGAAGAAAAAGAAGCGGCAGUACGAGCUGGGGGUGGGCCAGGGUCAAACCGGUGGCGGCGCGAUACCCGGCAGCGGCGGCGGCGGUGUGACCGGACCGGGCGGCGGCGGUGGAGGUGGAGUUGGCGGCGGCGGCGGCGGCGGCGGUGGCGGUGGAGGACCCACGGUGGGUCAAUGGAUGCCGGACGGCGUCGGGGUGCCGGACGGCAACGCGUCCGCCGCCGCCACGGUGACGAACAUGCCGCCCAACUCGACCGCCGCCGCCGCCGCUGGCGACUCCUGGGUAUAACACGCCCUCGAGCAGGUCCGCAGGACCGCUGGGAACCUCGGGCUCGUCGCGUCCUACGCAAGAGAGCCCUCGCCGAGCCUGUCCAUGUAAGGAAGGGAAGGAGAUUCGCGCGGCGACCGUUUCUGCCGCGGACAUGGCGCAGCCGCGUCCGCCGCCAACGACGAUGACGACGAUGACGACGACGACGACGACGACGACGCCGACGACGACGCCGACGACGACGACGACGACGACGACGACGACGACGACGACGACGACGACGACGACGACGACGACGACGACGACGACGACGACGACGACGACGAGAGGUGUGCGAGUCGAUAAGGGAUACUCACGAGCUCCAUAGGGUCAUGUAAGCUCACGUUCUCGAGGCCUCUCGACUGAGGAUCGCGUCUGCGGAACGACUUUGAUACUUGCUGGACGACGUUUGUAAGAUUAGGAGACGCCCGUCGCGUCAUCAGACUGUUGUCUGUCGCAUUAGGGGGAGGUCGUGGAGGGAAACUACUAGGUCAGUCUGUACGAGAGCGACCACAACAUGACGUGGUCGCUCAUUUGGUUGGGCAUAGAAAUGUUUUCAUUGCAGGGUGUUGUAAUAAGGAGAGACUAAACAUACGUAGUAUUAAUGCACGGCGAACGAACGAAAGGACGAUUCUCGUACGACGAGGAAUUGUCGGCGGAGGAGAAGGAUAAGGUGGUCACACACAUGCUGAUCAUUCCGAUAGAAUGAAAGUAGCCCUCCGUUUAUGAGUGCACUCUCGCUCGGAGCGUUACCGAGCGAGAGAGUGGACACGCGCGAAAGUAACAUUAAGUAUCGGAUCUAAGCCCGCGAUGAAGGCUUCGAAGAAAAAGAACAACAACAAGGCGAUACCUCACUACACCUCGCUGUGCAGAAACAGACGUCCACGCAUUAAGAUUAGAAAAGAAGAGAAAGAGAGAAGAGCGAAGGAGUAUUUCGCCUCGAUGUGUCGUCGAGAUUGAGUUUCGAGCAGCCGAGUAAAGAUGAAGGGUAACAAGUGGCAGGCUCCAGGAGCACAAAGUCGGAGGAGGCGAAGCGCGAAAAUGGAAGAGAAGGAUCGUUUGGAUUUUCGGACGCGAAAGAAACCGGAGACUCUGAUGAGACUGAGUCGCUGAAGUGAUCUUCUGUCGGGGUCGCGCUCGACAGGCGGAUCGCGUCGUCCUGUCUCGGUCUCAAGAACAACGCGAAGCCGCCUCCCCUCCGGCGCGUCGUCCACAGGAGGAGGCGGAUUAUAACGGGACCGGCUGGAAAUAUCCCGGGCGGGAGAAAAAGAAAAGGGUCGAGAUCAAAGGCUCGCAGUGCGCCGAGGUAGAUCGAAAACGCCGUCUCUCUCUUGAGCGCGCGCUCAAGCCGCGAGGAACCUCCCGUUCGCGUCGACCUUGGGAUCGCUACAGCGCCGACGCGUUCAGCCGUUCAUCGAGAGCGUCCUGCGCCAGGAAGUUGGGACGGAACGAGGUGGAAGAGAAGAGCUGAGAUCCCGUAGAAACGCGACAACGUGCACCUCAUCAUCAUCAUCAUCAUCAUCAUCAUCAUCAUCAUCAUCAUAAAUCAUCAUCAUCAUCAUCAUCAUCAUCAUCAUCAUUAUCAUCAUCAUCAUCAUCAUCACCUACCAUCACCAUCAUCAUCACCAUCACCACCACCGUUACCAUCACCCAUUCCUUGUUCUCCCCGUAAUUUCGAUGUACUACGACACCACGACGAUACUCGGCGAGAGAAGGAAAGAGAAAGAGAGAAAGCGACUCGUCCAAUAACCACAUCCGCAGCAGUAGUCGCACUAAAUGGCUCUAAAAUCUUCAUUGCACAAUUCUAAAUUAAUAUAUACUGCGUCUCUAAAUAUAUUAAACACCCUGUCACAGGACAGACACGCACCUACACACACAUACGUUACGAUGGCACGUACGACGUAAAUACGUACGUGCUGUACAAAACAUACAACACGAAAGCGUAAGUGUAUAUUUUAAGAUGGUAUUAGCGGCGACAAGAGGAAAAGAGAGAGAGAGAGAGAGAGAGGAGGGGGGGGAAGGAGAAAUAAAGAACGUAUACCGAUGAUCGUGAAAUACCGUUAAGAGCAUAAGUAUAGGCGUGUCUAUGUAAGUAUUAUAAAUAAAUCAAGGGGCGCAAAGAAAGGUAGAAAGAGAGAAGCGCCACGUAUAGGCCGGCGAUUAAAAAAAGGAUCGCCUGUGAUUUUUUACGCAGCUCCGACGACGACGUCGGUCGUGUAGCUUUAUAUCUCGCAUUAUACAGGAAGAGAUAACGAUUAUCCCCUCUCGAUCGUGGAGAAAACGCGAAGGACUCGCGAGAGUCGAAACAAGAGAAUCAUCCGUGACAUCCCGCAAG